AUGUGGGAAAAGAAUGAGGAAUUAAAGGGAGAAGAGAAGGCGAACGAAAAUGUAGGAAGUGCAAAUUUAGCCACCUCAAAUUUAGCCACCUCAAAUUUAGCCUCGUCAAAUUUAGCCACCUCAAUUUUGGCCACUUCAAAUUUGGCCACUUCUUCAAAUUUAGACAGUGAAAACAAAUUUGCUAAUAUCAACUUAAAGGUAGAGGCUUACGGAGAAGGCGACUACAGAUUACUAAGGUAUAUGCCAGAUGGUUCUUGCGUUUUUGAAGAAGCCCCAGAUGAAAAAAACAAAAAUAAGAAGAAUCUACAGCAGUAUGCUCAAAUAUUCUGUUCUGCUAUGGAGAAAAGAAUUCUCAUAAAAAGCAGUAGUAGUACUAAUAGUAAUGAUAAUAAUUCUAGUAGUAAUAACUGUAGUAGUAAAAAUAGAAAUAAUAAUAAUAGUAGUGAUAUUAUGAAAAAUGACAAAGAAUGGAAAAAAGGAGAAGAAUAUAGAAUUAUGGUAGAAAAAGACUUAGAAGAAUUAAUGAUUUUAUUUGAUAUGUUAUUAGGUACACUUAAUUAUAAUAAAGGUACCAAAUAUUUAUCAUUGAAUAAAUGUUAUUACUAUAGAGAUACAGACGAAAAUAAACAAGACAUAUACAUAGCUAUAACAAAUAGAAAAGAACUUUUAGAAAAAUUAAGAAAAUUAUGUCAACAAACAAGAUUACAAAUUAAUUCAAUAAAUGGAAUUAUAGCACAAAAAUAUUUUCUAUUCUUUAUCGAUCAGUUAAUUAAACAUUGGAAAAUACUAAAUAAAAAAUAUGCAGAAAUUGAAUAUAUGCAAGUAGAUAAUAAUUUUCCAUAUGUCACUCAGGUGUCUGUAGAAUUUUUCUUUUUACCCUCCAUUUUUUGGAAACUUUCUUCAAAUCCAAUAUUUUUAUCCUGGCCUCCUUAUCCCUCUUUUUCUCCUUUUAAAUCGCAAUAUGCACAUAUUACCUUUUCGUUAAGCAGUCUAAAGGUAAAAUCUAUCGGGGGGGAUAACGAACACGGUGAUGAUAGAGCAAAUGGAUGUAUAACAAGCUUGGAAAAGGUUAGGGAAGAAAUCAAUUUUAAACAUAAAGUUAGCCAAAGUUUAUAUCAAAAUAAAAUAUUUUUAUCUGACAAUCAGAAUGAUUCAAAGGAACAAGUGAUAAAAGAAGAGCGCACUGAUAUGAAUGGUUUAAUCAGUGAUAUAAGUAUAAAGAGCGAACUAACCAAAGAUAACCACACGCAGACAGCACAGCAAAACUGUAAUUUUUACUACUCAAAUAGGAAAGAAGAAGAAAUGAAAAUAUUUGAUUUUUUAGACAACACAAGUAUUAUUUCGGUGCAGUUCGAGGGAUUAGCAGCUCAUCUAAUAGAACAGAGCUACUGCAUUCAGUUGGAUUUGUAUCCGUUAAACGUAAAAUUAAGGAGGAGAACCAAAGGGGAAAAAUUGAGUAGUCCUCUUAAUCGAGGUAACACUAAUAGCAGAAAUAAUGAUAAUAGUAGCAAUGUUAAUAGCAGUAGCAAUAAUGAUGGUGGUAGUAAUGUGAAUAAUAGGAAUAAUAAUGAUAAUGAUAAUGAUAAUAAUAAUAAUAAUAGUCGUAAUAUUAAUAAUAAUAAUAGUCGUAAUAUUAAUAAUAAUAAUAGUCGUAAUAUUAAUUACGUCUGUAAUGGUAAUAUUGCUCGCCCGAGGAAAGGUAAUUUUCCGGAAAAAAUAAUUCCGGAAAAUAUAACCUUCAAGCAAGCCAAGAAAGUCCACGAAAAAUUAACAGAAGCUCAGUGGGUGUUAAUAGACAAGUCCAUUUUUUGUAUUUUAGCUGAACAAGCUAAUAAUUUAAAAGACAACAAUAAUGAACUGUUAAUAAAUCUAGAUUAUUAUGCAACUGAAACGAAUAGAAAAAUUAAAAUUCAUUGCACACAAAUAAAUCACAAAUCAAUCGAAUUUCUGAUUAACGAUAUUAACAUUCUCUCAUCUUCAAAGAAAAACAUUCCAGUAGAUUUUUCUUUUGUUAUUUUGUAUUCAUCGGCGGAUAUUUUUACAUCUAGUGAUAGUAAUGUUACGAAUGAAAAAAAUAUUAACACCUGCACUGUUCAUAAUAAUAGGAAUGACAAAGAUGAUGUCGAUUCUUUUGAUGAUGUUUGUUCAAAUAAAAAUGAAAAUGAUGAAGUUACAAUAGAUUAUGAAUUAAUACAAAUGCUUUUAAAUCUAUCCCUUGCAAAAGUAAGAGAUUUAUUUAUUUGUUCAUGGAAAUAUUUUUCUUUUGAAACACCAUACUAUUCAGCAGAUAUACAUCCAAUUAUUUAUCAAAAUGUUUUUCCUGAUCAUCGAUCAGAUACAUUAAUCACCAACUUUUUUGCGUGGCUAAUUACAUCAAUGGAGAGAUAUUUGCGAUUAGAUGAAUAG